GCGCCUCCUCCUCCACAGCGCAAAACACCACCACAGACUCCACACGGACACAAGUGGAGCUACACCCCCGGAGCAGAGGGGCGCCUAACCCGGGACAGGACACACUACUACCCCGGGAACAGCAGCUGAACCAUCGGACCAUCAUCACGGUUGCAGCCGGAGCCCCCAAGAGCAUGGCAGCGAUGAGCCCGGCCCUCCUCACUCUUCUGUGGGGGUUGGUGCUGGUGAUGCUGGUUUCUUCUCAGGACUUGGAACAGACUGUGGGCUGUGCUCAGGGCAGCUGUUACCCCGCCACAGGAGACCUUCUGGUGGGACGAGAGAAGAACCUCCAAGCCUCAUCCACCUGCGGCAUGAAGAAGAAAGAGUCAUACUGCAUCGUCAGUCACCUGCAGGAUGAAAAGAAGUGUUUCUUUUGUGACUCGCGGCGUCCGUACGACCCAGUCUACAACACCAUCAACCACAGGAUCGAGAACGUCAUCACCACCUUCAAACCGCACCGCAAAAGGAGCUGGUGGCAGUCUGAGAACGGUAAAUCGGACGUCCACAUUCAGCUGGACCUGGAGGCAGAGUUCCACUUCACUCACCUCAUCAUGACCUUCAAGACAUUUCGUCCGGCGGCCAUGUUGAUUGAGCGUUCCGCAGACUUCGGUCGGACGUGGCAGAUUUAUCGAUACUUCGCGUACGACUGCGAUGCCGAGUUCCCUGGUGUUUCCCAAGGUCCUCUGCUCCAUGUGGACGACGUCAUCUGUGAAUCACGCUACUCCGACAUAGAGCCUUCCACUGAAGGCGAGGUGAUUUUCCGAGUGUUGGACCCAGCGAUCCGGAUCCAGGACCCGUACAGCCCCCGGAUCCAGAAUCAGCUUCGAAUCACGAACCUGAGGGUGAACUUCACAAAGCUUCACACCUUAGGAGACAACCUGCUGGACACUCGCCCUGAGAUUAAGGAGAAGUAUUACUACUCCAUGUACGAGCUCGUCGUCCGCGGCAACUGCUUCUGCUAUGGCCAUGCCUCCGAGUGCGCCCCCAUCCAAGGCAUCCCCGACGACAUCGAGGGCAUGGUGCACGGCCGUUGUGUGUGUAACCAUCACACCAAAGGAUUGAACUGUGAACAGUGUGACGACUUCUACAACGACCAGCCCUGGAGACCUGCCGAGGGACGCAACAGCCACGCCUGCAAGAAGUGCGAGUGCCAUGGCCACGCCUCCUCCUGUCACUUCGACAUGGCGGUGUACUUGGCCACAGGAAACAGCAGUGGAGGAGUGUGUGACCUGUGCCUCCACAACACUAUGGGGCGCCAGUGUGAGAGCUGCAGACCCUUCUACUACAAGGACCCCCAGAGAGACCUGAGGGACCCCCAAGUCUGCCAGCCUUGUGACUGUGACCCUGACGGCUCCCUAAACGGCGGCCUGUGUGACGAGCACACUGACCCCGCCCUGGGGCAGGUGGCCGGGCAGUGUCGCUGUAAACUGCAUGUGGAGGGACCGCGCUGCGACAGGUGCAAAGCCGGGUUCUACGGUCUGAGUGCGGAGAACGCUGACGGCUGCCUGCCCUGCAGGUGCGACCCUCGGGGCAGCGUCUCUGGGCGCGCUCAGUGUGACCCGGUCAGUGGAGACUGCUUCUGCAAACGCCUGGUGACAGGGCGCAGCUGUGACCAGUGUCUGCCUGAACACUGGGCGCUGAGCCACGACCUGAACGGCUGCAGGGGCUGUGACUGUGACGUGGGAGGAGCUCUGGACAAUCAGUGCUCACCUGACAGUGGGCAGUGCCGUUGCCGUGGGCACAUGAGUGGGCGUCAAUGUUCUCAGGUGGAGUCCGGGUUCUUCUUCAUGGCUCUGGACCAUCUGCUGUAUGAGGCCGAGCUCUCCAAACUGGGACAGGGUUGCACAGUUGAGGUGAGGGAGCACCAGCCUGGCAGACCCGCCUCUUGGACUGGGGUUGGUUUUGCCCGUGUGCCGGUGAGCAGCACACUGGAGUUUACCAUCGACAACAUCCCCUUCUCCAUGGAGUAUGACCUGCUCCUGCGAUACGAGUCUCAGAUGCCCCGGGACUGGGAGGAGGUCAGAGUCACAGUUGUUCGUCCUGGAGCCAUACCCACCAGCUCCCCUUGUGGCAACACCAUCCCCGACGACGACCGACUGCUUCUGUCUCUGCCCGCUACUGCCAGGUUCAUGGUGCCGCUGAAGCCUCUGUGUUUGGAGACGGGUGUCUCGUACACGCUCAGACUGGAGUUCAGACGAUACCAGGACUUCAACAGUGUGACAGAUGGAGCCGGGCAUUUUAUCCUCGUCGACUCGAUCGCUCUGAUGCCCCGUCACUCAUCUCUGGACAUGUUCAGUUCUGGAGACGCCGGCGCCACUUUAAGGAAGCAGGCGUACGAGCGUUACAGGUGUCACGACACGGCUCGGAGCGUGACCCGACCCGUGAUGAGUGAAGCGUGUGCACGUCUCAUCUCCAGCAUGUCGGCCCUCAUCAAUGAUGGAGCGCUGGCGUGCGACUGCGACCCCCAGGGGUCAGUCAGCUCCGUGUGCAGCGUGAGGGGCGGGCAGUGUCACUGUCGACAGAACGUGAUUGGACGACGCUGUGACCAAUGCUCUCCAGGAACCUACGGCUUCGGACCCAGCGGCUGCAAAGCGUGUGGGUGCAGUCUGGAGGGCUCUCUCUCUCCUCUCUGUGAUAAGUUCACUGGGCAGUGCCAGUGUCGCUCUGGGGCCUUCGGCCAGCGCUGUGACCGGUGUCAGACUGGACACUGGGGCUUCCCGAACUGCCGGCCGUGUCAGUGCAACGGGAACACUGAGGAAUGCCACCACAGCACGGGAGUCUGCACGAACUGUAGAGGGAACACCGGAGGAGACCACUGCGACAGAUGUGCCAACGGUUUCUAUGGUAACCCGAUUUUGGGUCAAGCUUCGGGAGGUCACUGUCGCCCGUGUCCCUGCCCUGAUGGUCCCAAUAGCGGGCGCCACUUUGCCGCGUCCUGUUACCAAGACGACCGCAGUCGCCAAAUCAUCUGCAACUGCAAACAGGGGUACACAGGUCCUCGCUGUGACCAGUGCGCUCCCGGUCACUAUGGAAAUCCUUCUGCCCCUGGUGGUCGCUGUGAGCCGUGUGAGUGCCAUAAUAACAUCGACAUGUCUGACCCUUUGGCGUGUGAUCACUCCUCGGGUCAGUGCCUCCGCUGUCUGUACCACACGGAGGGGCAGAGCUGUGCCGUGUGCCAGAGCGGUUACUACGGCGAUGCAUCCCGCCGCAACUGCAGGAAGUGCACGUGCAACUCCCUGGGCACAGAGAGUGCCUCCUGUGGUGAGGGCGGGGACUGCAGCUGUGAGCGCUCCAGUGGGCAGUGCCAGUGUCUGCCCCAUGUGACCGGUCUGUCAUGUGACCACUGCGCACCCAAUCACUGGAAUCUGGCCAGUGGGCGGGGCUGCGAGGCGUGUAACUGUGACCACAGCAACUCCUUCAGCUCCACCUGCAACGAGUUCACAGGGCAGUGCCAGUGUCGCAGCGGCUUUGGGGGAAAGACCUGCACCGACUGUCAGGAGAACUUCUGGGGCGACCCAAGAACGCAGUGCAGAGCGUGUGACUGUGAGUGGCAGGGCAUCCAGUCUUCACAGUGUGACCGUCGUACGGGUCACUGCGUGUGCCGCCCAGGCGUGUCUGGCGUUCGUUGUGAUCAGUGUGCACGCGGCUUCUCAGGAGUCUUCCCUAACUGUGUCCCCUGUCACCAGUGUUUCGGAGACUGGGACCGGAUCGUACAGGACUUGGCUGUUCAGACCAAAUCUCUCUCGGCCCGCGCUCACGAGCUCCAGACCACAGGACUGACCGGUCCAUACGAGAAGGCCUUCAGGGACCUGGAACACAAACUGACCCAAGCUCUGACCAUCGUCCAAGCCCGAAACCAAACCAGCGCCGCCAUCACUGUGCUCAUGGAGCUCAUCGAGGAGCUGAGGACUCAGAUCAGCGACACCACUGAUUCUCUGAGUCGUGUGGAGGCCGAGCUUACCGUCGUUCAGGACACAAACACGGAAGCGAGCAGUGACCUCAGUGCUCUGGAGAGGGAGGCACGAGAACUAAACCUGACCUCAGAGCAACUCCAGAGGCAGAUGGACCUGCUCAAGAACUCCAACUUCCUCGGGGCGUACGACAGCAUUCGCAGCUCCUACAACAGGUCACGUGAUGCAGAGAGACGAGCCAACCAAUCAACAGUGACAAAGCCGAGCGUGGUCAGCGAAUCAGCAGAGACGCGGCGCCGAACAGAGCGUCUCAUUGCUGCCAAAAAGGAUGACUUUAACCGAAAAAACGCUGCCAACAAACGAGCUCUGGUAGAACUGAACGCCAGAGCACAAGGCCUGGACAUCAAGAAGAUCAACGAGAAGGUGUGCGGGGCUCCGGGCGACGCUCCGUGUGGGGAGGGACCGUGCGGAGGGGCUGGUUGCCGUGACGACGAGGGAAACCGCUUCUGUGGAGGUCUGAACUGCGAGGGAGCGGCAGCCAAAGCGGAGAAUGCGCUCGACCGAUCAAAGCACGCCGAGAAACAACUACAGCAGGCCAUGGGUGACGUUGAGGAGCUGUUUGUCAAGGUGGCUGAAGCGAAGACUCGGGCGGAGGAGGCAAGAGGAAAGGCUCAGGCGGCUCUGGACAAAGCCACUGCCACAAAACGAAACGUUGCUCAGUCCAACGACCAGCUGAGGGACCUCAUCAAGGAGAUACGAGAGUUCCUCACACAGGAUGGGGCGGAGCCUGAGAACAUCGAGGCCGUAGCCAAUCGUGUGCUGGAGCUGUCUAUCCCCGCCUCCACGCUCCAAAUCCGACAACUUGCUGAUGAGAUCAAAGAGCGCGUCCGCAGUCUCUCCAACGUCGACGCCAUUUUAGUGCAGACCCAGGGCGACGUGCAGAGAGCAGAGCGCCUCCUGCUGGAUGCCAAGAGAGCCAGACACGAUGCAGAGGGCAUUAAGACCACAGCAGAGGCGGUGAAACAGGCACUGGCCGACGCCCAAACAGCUCAAACCUCGGCAGAAAAGGCAAUCUCCAGAGCGCGGGCCGACAUUCACGACACAGAGGGACGACUCACACAGAUCGAAUCGGAGACCUCCAGCUGUGAGAAGCACCUGAGCGAGGCUGUGGGGCGACUGGGAGCUCUGGGGCAGGAGAUAAACGACCUCAAGACCAAACGAGCCAAAAACAGCAUCGAAGCAGCGCGUGCCGAGGAGACCGCUACCAUGGCCCGAGACAAGGCCAACGAAGCCAAGCAGAUUCUAGACGGUCAGCUGACAGAUAAAUACCACGAGGUGCAACAAAGAGUGGACACUAAAGCCAAGGCCGUGCUGGAGGCGAAGAGGAAAGCAGAGAGUCUGAGGGAGGAGGCAAAAACACUGCUGCAGGACGCCCAGGCCAAACUCAGCCGGCUCGCAGAGCUGGAGCAGAAUUAUGAGGAGAACCAGAGGAAACUGGAGGGAAAAGCUCGACAGCUCGAUGGUUUAGAAGACAAAAUGAAAUCCAUCCUCCAGGAUAUAAACAAACAGAUACAGAUCUACAACACCUGCCAAUAAACACCUGCCAAUACACACAUGCCAACAAACACUUGCCAAUAAACAGAUUUAAAGGACAAAAUGAAAUCCAUCCUCCAGGUUAUAAACAGAUACAGAUCUGCAACACCUGCCAAUAAAAAUAAACCAGGACUGGACCAGGACUAAAUCACCUACUGACAUAAUUUGGCACCACCAUUAUAAUGCUUUAUUUUAAACUUUAAAAGACAUCAUGGUUAAUUUAUUUAAACAUUUGAAAUGAUCCUUCAUGUUAGAUUUAAAUAACAAACAGACACAUGCAUGCACACACACCAAUAUACACAAACACACACACACACACACACACACACCCCCCCCCCCACACACACACACACAUGCAUCUCCACAUGUGUCAUACCUGCUGGUCAGGGCUCCUCACUGACCCCGAGUCUGGUCACCAAAUCAGUCCAGUGUUUCUGUGUGAAGCUUUAAAUUUUUGUAUUGCAUGACACCAAAUGAAAUCGUCCUUGUUUGUAUCUUACACUCAUGUUUUAUAUUUGUGCAUGAUAUUUAAACCCACCAAAGAGUUGUGUGUUUGUUUCACUGUGUUUCUGAUUUCCGUGAAUAAAAGUUUGUGAACCACC